CAGCAAUCAUGGUGGUUUCAAGUACACUGCCCGUACCCACCGAUGUGUUGGGGUCGGAAGAAAUUGAAUCAGUUCUCAAUGAUGUGCUCGUAGAUCCUACCGUAUUUGUCAAUCCCAAGGCAUCCGUCGCUGCGCAACUCCUUAAAGUGACCCAACAAAUGUUUGACCUUGCAGUAUCAGAGUCAGUCAGUCGCGAUCCAAAUGCCAAAGCAAAUACACAUGCGGGACCUCUGGAGUGUUUAUUAACACAAGGCUUCGACAAUGAUAUGUUGUGGGAAGAGCUACAGAUGCAAAAUGAGCCUAUGACUAGUUAUUUAGAGCAAGGCACAGAGAAAACACUUAAAACUGCACAUAAUGAGGGGAUCAUUCUGAUCGCCCAGGCAGAUGAUGAAGAGGAUAGUGAGAGUGAAAGCGAUAGUGAAGAUGUAGAUAGUGAGGAGAUGUCAACUGGUGACAGUAGUGAAAAAGACGCAGCACGUAUGCGGAGGCGUAUGAUGAUGGCAAGUGGCGAUGACGAUGAGGAGGUUGCAAACGACUUAGAAGAUGUUAGUCACAGCAAUACACAGCAACCGAAGCGGAAACGAGGCAAGAAGUCGGCGGCUGAUGACGAUUUCUUCAAACUGAGCGAGAUGAACAACUUCUUAGAUGACAUGGAUAGACUCGAAAAUAAACGCCAAAAGCGCGGAGACGCGAUGAGUGAUAGUGACGGGGACGACCUAGAUUUGGAGAAACAAAGUGCCAGCGAAGGGGAAGAGGGGGAUAUUUUGAAUGCCAAUGACAACGAUAUUGAUCUAUUUGCUACGUAUAGCGAGGAAGAGGAUGAAGAGUUUAUAUCAGAGGGCGAGGAAGAAAACGAUGACGCACAGACCACCAAGAAAGGUUUAUCAUACAGUGAUUUCUUUGACAAGCCAGAUGGUUUGGAGGAAGAUGCGAAGGGCCUGGCUAGAAAGUCCAAAGGUUCAAGCGCUCAAUUCGAAGAAAUUGCUUUUGAUCAUGAUGAUGAAAGUGAGGAGGUUCACGAAACAACCGAGGAUAAAAACGAUGUUGAUGGCGAUACUGACAGCGAUAGUGAUAGCGACAGUGACAUUGGCAGUGAAGAGCAGGAACAGGAAGGCACUGUGCGUAAUUUAUUAAGCGACGAUGAGGAAGAGGGCGAGCAACUUACGGAGUUUGAGAAGAAACAAGCUAAAUUGCGAGAGCGCAUCAAAGAGAUUGAAGAAAACAACCUGAAGAGUAAGUCAUGGCAGAUGAGUGGUGAGGCGACCUCGAAGACGAGAGAAACAAAUUCGCUACUGCAAGAGGUUUUGGAUUUCGACACGACGAUGAAACCGGUGCCAGAGAUUACGGAAGAAGUAACACAGUCACUCGAGGAUUUGAUUAGACAAAGAAUAAAAGACGAUGUGUGGGACGAUGUUGAGAGGAAGGAAGCCUUGCCCACACACACGACGCGGAGAGCGAACUACGAACUGGACAUGGAGAAGAGCAAGAAGGGUCUGGCGGACGUGUAUGAGGAGGAGUACAUGCAACAGGUGGGAGGAGCUCCGGAUGCGGCAGCUAUCAAAACUAAGGCUGCACAGGAUAAGGUGACUGAGAUGUACAUGCACUUGUGUAGUAAAUUGGACGCUUUGGCCAACUUCCAUUUCACGCCAGCACGAGCGAAGGAAGACGUCGAGAUUAUAGUAAACAAACCCGCAUUAGCUAUGGAAGAGAUACUGCCCACCGCAACGAGCACUGUGCAGCAAUUGGCGCCUGAAGAGGCGUACAGGAAGAGCAGACAGGAGCUCAAGGGGGCCGAUGAGAAGACGGAGAGUGAUAGAGCCCGAGAGAGGAAGGCUAAGAAGGCCGACAAACGGCAGAAGAAUAAGGAGAGAGACGAUAAGAUGAAGAAGUUGGAGAAAUCGAACCCGGCGUUGGCACACAAACUUAACAAGAAAUCGGCGAUGAGCGACAUCAAGAAGGGCAAGGUCAAGGGUGCCUCGUCUGUUGAACCUGCUGCGGACACACGUGCACUCAAGUCUUCCACAGCCUUCUUCUCACAACUACAGGACGAAGCGCGAGCGACAAUCAAGGGCACUGUUGCAGCUAAGGGACCGCCAAAGGAAAGAAGAAAUAAUGCAAGUGCGGCCUUCAAAUUAUAAAAUGUCUAUUAAAUG